CCAAUCAACCACGACCCAGGCUCGCGGCUGCCUGCGGUCGCCACACACGCAGCCACAGUGUGGAGAGACCGACACGGAGGUGGACGCGGUCUAUCUGACGUGAGGGCGCAGACCUGCAAAGUGCGCAGUGACAGAGGAGUAAAAAAAAAAAAAGGCAAAUAGACAAGUUUUGUGGGACGAGUAGGCUAUCUGUGCGGUCUUCUUUUUCACUGAACGUCAUCCUGGUCAAUGCUCAAGUUGUAAGUAGGCUACAAGUUUCCAAUGGACAGACACUUGGAGAAGGCUGGCGCAACAAGCAUGGGAUUACUUCUGUAAUGUGGAUUGCCAUUCUUUUGCAAGAAAAUAAAGGUCCGCUGCGGAACAAUGUGGGACGUUUUGCGUCUUGGAUUCUCGUUUUUCUGGAUAUCUUGAAAAUAAUUGGCAACAGUUGAGAAGGAAGAAGUUAUGCGCAAAGGAUUCUAUGCUCCGACCCCGGGACCAUCAUGGAUUUGCCAUUACAACCCCCUGCCCCUUAUUUAGAGAAGUUUUAGCCGGUCCACUUGUGUUGCUAUUGUACUUGUUGUUUUAAACUUAAUGUUUGAGAACAAAUCGCCACUUUGGCCACUUGGAUUUUAAAUCGUCGCCUGCCUUUGGAUUGGAUUUCAAACAUGAACUUUAUUGACAGUUUGACACUAUUAUUUUUGACGCUGUCAGCUGUCAAGAGCGCCCACAUACCGAAGGAAACAGAAAGAGGUCCACAUGUGAUCCCUUUAAUGGAGGUGUACAACAAGAGUUUGUGUCAGCCUCGGGAGCUGCUGGUGGAGAUUCUGCAGGAGUAUCCGGAGGAGGUGGAGCACAUCUUCAUCCCGUCGUGCGUGGUGUUGACGCGCUGCGCCGGCUGCUGCAACGAUGAGAUGCUGCAGUGCAUGCCGACAUCCAGCUAUAACGUUACGAUGGAGAUUAAAAGAAUAAAACCCCAUUGGCAAGAAAAUGAUAUUUUCAUGAGUUUUACAGAACACAGCGCAUGUGAGUGUAGGUUAAAGAAAGAAGUGAAAGAACAGAAAGCAAAAAAAUCCCGGAAAGUCAAGGGUAAAGGCCAAAAGAGAAAACGAAAGAAAAACCGCGACAAAACAAUUCACGAUGCUGUUUGUGAGCCAUGUUGUGAUCAGUGCUCGGAGAGGAGAAAGCGCUUGUUCGUGCAGGAUCCAGCAACCUGCCGGUGCUCCUGCAAGCACACAGAUGAAUACUGUAAAGAACGCCAGCUAGAGCUCAACGAGAGGACCUGCAAAUGUGACAAGCCAAGAAGAUGAGAGAGGUGGCAGCACCAGAUGUACAAGAUGAAGGAAUAUUCUAGAUAUUUCACGGCACAGCACUUUGACCUUUGAACCGUAAGCUCUUCUUUUCUGUGGAAAGCAUUCCCCUUGGACUGUCUUUGAGAGUGAACAAUAAGAAAGACUGAACUGAAGUUUCCUCCCACUGUAUAUCUGUGUGUAUAUAUAGACCAUGAUAAAAGAAAAAAAAGAGUACAGAAUUGUUAUGCUGCUACGAAAACAAAUAACUAAACCCAUCAUUUGACAAAAAGCAAAUAGCCGCCAUGUGGUUUUGCAUUUCUAUUGGGCUUGUGAUGCAGGUGUAGUCUUGUCGUCAAUUCAUUGUAUGCAAUUACUUCACUGGAUAUGAGUCUCUACUGUGGUUGUGUGUCAGUCAUAAAAUUGCAAAACCUCUCAAUCUAAGAUAUAUUUAACUGCUAAAACAGCGGGUGAGGCUGAAGAGGACAUGGGAGCGCGCUCUUCUUUCAAAAAACAAAGGAUGGAUUUUCAUUGGUCGAUUUCUGCUUUUGCUUUUGGAUUAUAACAGCAGGACAACCAGGACAGCUGAAUCUGUCUUGACAUGACGUUGCAGGACUGACAUGGACUUACACAAUGUCACCAUUGUGAUCAGCUUGCAGAAGAAGUGACUCCGGAGUGCCAUAUACUUUUAAAGGGAUACUGGUUGUCAAUAUAGCAUCCACUGUUUUGCUAUGUCCUUCAUGAAAACCACUGAAAACAUCCUAUACUGUAGUUUGAUUCCAUUUGAAAAACUGUGCCUCACAAUAUGUACUGAGAAAUCUUUCAAGUGCUUUUUAAAUUAUUUUUUGUGUCCUUUUUCAGGAGAGGGGAUUGUCAAAGUAGUUUUGUUAGUUGUUGAACUCAAUACAGAACCCAUUGAUUGCAUAUCUUCAUCUCUGAACUUGUACAUACUUAAUAUCCCUUUAUGCCAUAGUCAAUUCUAGAUAAUUUAUAAUGUUAUAGAGUAUUUUUCAGUAUUCAGUCUUCUACCCAUAUUUAAUUUGGUUUAUUUAUAUAUGCAGUGUUAUGUUCCUGUGGCUGUCCUAUCUCCCCACCAUGUGUAAGGUCACUGAUGGCUGCUCUCAGCAUGGAGCCUCUCUGUGCUUUUCUACGAAACCAACUAAAAAACAAGUCAGAAAAUCGAUUUGUUAACAUUCCCUAAAUGGAUCAUUUGUACUGGUGUACUGAUGACAAACCUCCUCCGGAUUUUUCAACCCCUCUUAUCUAAGGGUGUGGGUGCUGUGUAGGAUUUUAACAUGCUGUGUGUUUGUGAAAAUGUGUGUGUAUGAGUGUGUCUUCACAUGCAUUUGCUGAUGUACACAUCUGUAUGGAGUUGUUAGUACGUUGUAUUUUAGUAUUUAAGUAAGUAGCGGACAUGUGUUUUGUCCGUCCUGCAACAUGCAAAUACGAAUAAACUACUGCUAGCAGCUCAGCAUACACUACCACAACAACAACACCGUUUUAAAGUUAGAUACCAAUCUGCAUCCUUUCUGCCGUCAGUCAUAGACCCCUCAUUAUUACUUCUCUUUGUCUCUCCUUCACUAUUAACAUGUUUUCUGUGUCUAUGUAAAACAGUAAAGCAUAUUUAUUUUCAAAUUAUAUUGUUUUUAUAUAAAAUAAGGAAAAGGUUGCUGUGUUGUGAAUGCUGUGUUUUCAAGAGCUUUAAAAAGGCAA